AUGGCUGAAUUUCCACUGGAACCAAGUUUAGCAAAACUUCUCAUUAUGUCUGUGGAUUUGUGUUGCUCCGAUGAAGUUCUUACAAUUGUUUCAAUGCUUUCUGUGCAGAAUGUUUUCUACAGGCCUAAGGAUAAGCAAGAAAUAGCGGACCAGAAGAAGGCGAAAUUUCACCAACCCGAAGGCGAUCACUUAACAUUGCUCGCGGUCUAUAAUUCCUGGAAACAUCAUCAUUUCUCGCAACCAUGGUGCUAUGAAAAUUUUGUUCAAGUCCGAACACUCAAAAGAGCGCAGGACAUUCGAAAACAGCUGCUAAGUAUUAUGGAUCGGCACAAACUGAAUACAAUAAGCUGCGGGCGCGAUGUGCAGCGCGUACAAAAAGCUAUCUGCUCUGGAUUUUUCCGAAACGCAGCAAAGCGAGAUCCACAGGAAGGGUAUCGGACGAUUGUGGAUGGCCAGAAUGUUUAUAUUCACCCUUCGAGUGCACUCUUCCAAAAUCAGCCUGAAUGGGUUGUUUAUCAUGAACUUGUCAUGACAACGAAAGAAUACAUGCGCGAGGUGAUUGCCAUUGAGCCGAAAUGGUUGGUGGAAUUUGCGCCUUCAUUCUUUAAAAUGGGUGAUAAUACAAAGCUGUCGGCAUUCAAGAAGAACCAGACAAUCAAUCCAUUAUACAACAAAUAUGAAGAUCCGAAUGCCUGGCGUAUCACACGGCUCAAGAAGAAGAUUUAUAAUCCAAACCGAUAA